CGUCCCCCGGCCUUCCGCUCCCCUCGCUGCGCGUCUUCCUUCCAUUGCCCUCCACAAUGGCGUCUGCACGCUCCCUAAUGCGGCUGGGGACCGGCCGUCCCUUGACUGUUGCCUCCCGAACCACUCGAUCUAGCCGCGCUCUUUCUUCCACGCCUCUGCGGAAUGCUCCCAAGGCAUCGACGGCCCCAGAGCCGCAGAAUAUGCGACAGGCCCAGCGUCCCCCUGAGGGCCCUCUCCGCGCACCGGUCGUCAACCCCGCGGACAAGUUUCAGGAACAGGCUGAUAGCCUGCACAAGUAUGGGCAAUAUGUGAUGUCCUGCCUUCCCAAAUUCGUCCAGCAGUUCUCCGUGUGGAAAAACGAACUCACCGUCUAUGUUUCUCCUUCCGGUAUUAUUCCCCUCAUGACCUUCCUGAAAUACCAUACCGCGGCGGAAUUUACUCAGGUCUCCGACAUUACUGCCGUCGAUUACCCAACCCGCGAGAAGCGUUUCGAGGUUGUGUACAAUCUGCUUAGCGUCCGAUACAACUCCCGUAUCCGCGUUAAGACCUACGCCGAUGAGGCCAGCCCCGUGCCUAGUAUUACUGGCCUGUACGACGGUGCCUUGUGGUAUGAGCGUGAAGUCUACGACAUGUUCGGCGUCUUUUUCGCCGGCCAUCCUGACCUGCGCCGUAUCAUGACCGACUACGGUUUUGAUGGUCACCCGCUGCGCAAAGACUUCCCUCUUACUGGCUACACCGAGCUUCGGUAUGACGAGGAGAAGAAGCGUAUCGUUGUCGAACCCCUAGAGCUCACACAGGCAUUCCGCAACUUCGAGGGCGGUACUGCGGCAUGGGAGCCUGUUGGACCCGGCGUUGACCGGAAGCCUGAUACAUUCAAACUUCCCACACCUAAACCGGAGGAAAAGCCCGAGGAAAAGAAAUAAGAAAGACAACACUGCACCGCCUUUUUAUUUACCCUGUUCUUUUGUACAUACCGCGUCUACGUUUCAAGCAGUUGCUAUUCCAAUUCAAUUGAGCCAUGGGUUAGAUGCGAGAAACCGGGUCGUUGCACAUGGAAUAGGUGACAAAAUUAGUAGCUCGUUGUAUGUCGGUAAGCAGAACUGGAGUUAUCAGAGACUAGAUUUAACUACUUUCAAUAAUGUG